CAAACUUUUAUCAAACAAAUUUUUCCUGAAAAUAAAGCUUUAUCAGUUCUGUCUGCGUUACAUGAUGAUGAAGCACAAAACGUUGACAACAAUGCUAAGCAUUCCUCAAGAUUUGAUUAUGGAGAUUCUCCCAAAAUUACCUGUUAAGUCUUUGUUGCGGUUCAAGAGCGUAUGCAAAUCAUGGAAAUCCAUCAUCACCGACCCACAAUUUGCUAGACUGCAUUCUGGACCAGCUAGAUUAUUGAUAAAGUGUAAUGGAGUUGAAUAUCAUUCUGUGGAUUGUGAAGCGCUAGUGGACAAUUGUGGUUAUGAUAAAGCAAUUGUGAAACUCCAAUUUCCUAUCAAAGAUUAUGGUUGGCUCCCUAUUCUUGCCUCUUGCAAUGGUCUAAUAUGCUUUGGUCUUUCAGGCAAGCUUUACGUAUGGAAUCCAUCAACAGGAGACUUUAAGCAAUUGCGUAAAUCUAGCAGUCGCAGUCUCCAAUGUGGUCUUGGUUACGAUAAAUCCAUUGAUGAUUACAAGGUGGUAGUAAUUGGUUACACCGGACGGCUAAGUCUUGUUGACGUGCUUACCCUCAGAACAAACACUUGGAGAAGGACUCAGGAUUUCAAUUAUUGCUUUGGUGUACGAAAUGCAAUCUUUGUGAACGGAGCUCUUCAUUGGGAAGCUUAUUCUGAUUCAACUGAUGGUAUAAUUUCUAACUUGGUAGCCUUUGAUCUUGCAGAGGAGACAAGUCGUAUCAUUCCAAUACCUGAAUAUGAAAGGAUUUCCAGUUUGUAUAACUGGUUGGGUGUUUUAGGAGGAUGCCUAUGUUUAUGUUGCAAAACUGAAAGUGGGGUUGAUGUAUGGAUAAUGAAGGAGUAUGGGGUGAAAGAAUCUUGGAUGAAAUUGAUUUCAAUUCCAUCUCAAGUCUUCAAGGAUUGGAAUCUGGUUAGUCGUCCUUUCAGACCACUUGUCUAUUGUAGGGAUGGAGGUAUAGUUGGAAUAAUUAAUAAUAAAAUUCUAGUAAAAUGCAACCUAAACAAUAAUAGUUUCCAACUUAUCAAGACUUACAAUGAUGGAAAAUUUAAUAUCGAUGAUGUUAUUGUAUAUGAGGAGAGUUUAGUUUCACCUAGAUAG